UGUGAAAUAAGCUUGAUAUCAUCAGUCGGUUGUAGCUGUUACACUUAUAUUCGGUUAUAUAUUUGUAAAUUCCUUUCUUCUUUAUAUUUUUUGUUCUUCUGCAAUUUCAAUAUAGUUCAGGAUAAUAUAUAAUAAUGUCGAUUUGUUUACGCGUACAGUAAAAAUAAAUAAAUAAAUAACAUCUUAUAAACACACGCACAAAACAUGUUUAUGUGAGAUAAUUCAAUGUGAUGGCAACUUUAUCAGAUAGUUUUGCAAUGGGUCAGCACAUUAAACAAGAAUUAUUUUGGGUGUUUUUCCCUUAUUCUCAAAUGUGUAGACAAGAUUAGUCUGCAAAACUAAUUUCAAGCAGUUCAUUCGAGUGUCUAUGAAUGAAACUGAAUGAAACUGGCAUAUCGAGUUAUAAAAACUCUUAUACAAAAUAUCAAGCAUAUACUACAGCACACAAAAAAGGCAAUUUAUUCAAAAGAUGUCUAUAUAAAUGCCUGUAUUAGUAGAUAUCACCGAUAUUACCGCUGUUAAAAGUUUAUUUAUUAAAAUCUCCUUGUAUAUCUCCUAUCUGACAGAAAUUCUGAGUAAAAGGCAAUUCUCAACUAGUACAAACAGACACAACCGAGGAUCAAAGUUCAACCUAGUGGAGUCCAGACGAAAAGCAAAGAGCUAAAAUUGAGAGUUUAAUAUCCAGAAAAAAAGCAUUUAUUUAAGCCGAGUGACUGAAGUCGUUACUGAAAGGUUGUGAAAGCUGCUAAUAUCAGCGCCUCUCUCGCCUCAAACAAAUAGAGCACGACAAAUUGUUCCCUUUGAGGUUUGUGGAGAUUCUCCAGCACACGGUGGCUUUGUCGCGUUUUGCGUUGCGUUGAGUUUUGCUGACCCGAAGAUCAAAUCAAAUUCUGAAGAUGUGGAGGUUGUCUGCGUUUCUUAGGCGCUGCAUUACAACUUCACCCGGCAGACAUCGCAAAAAAGACAGCCUUUUUAUCGUCCAUCCUGAUGUGAAAGAGGCUUUAGCAGAUCACAGGCCAGUUGUGGCUUUGGAAAGCACUAUCAUCACACACGGAAUGCCUUACCCUCACAAUUUCAGUACAGCAAAGGAAGUGGAGGUGAUUGUGAGGGCUGAGGGUGCAGUCCCUGCCACCAUUGGGAUCCUUGAGGGCAGUGUUCAUGUGGGCCUUUCUUCAGAUGAACUGGACUUCCUGGCACAAAACAAAACAGCACUGAAAGUGUCCAGAAGGGACUUACCUUAUGUUAUCAGCAAGGGUUUGUCUGGUGGCACAACUGUCUCUGGGACAAUGAUUGCGGCUCACAAGGCUGGGAUUCCUGUUUUUGUAACCGGAGGCAUUGGAGGAGUACAUAGAGAUGGAGAAAACUCUCUGGAUGUGAGCUCAGACCUCACUGAACUGGGUCGAACCCCUAUCGCUGUUGUGUCUGCUGGGGUCAAAUCCAUUCUAGAUAUCGGUCGCACUCUUGAGUUCUUGGAAACUCAGGGCGUGUGUGUGGCCACAUAUGGAGAGUCAAAGAGCUUCCCGGCUUUCUUCUCUCGGCAAAGUGGAUUUACUUCUCCUCACCAUGUCUCCAGUCCUCAAGAAGCAGCGGAUCUUAUUGCAAGUACACUGUCUCUGGGUCUUCACAGUGGCCUUCUUUUGGCCGUUCCCAUCCCAGAGGAACAUGCAGCCACAGGACAACAGAUAGAAGAGGCCAUACAAACAGCUGUGACUGAGGCCAGCUCAAAAGGUGUCAGAGGAAGAGAUGUCACCCCUUUUAUCCUUCAGCGAGUCAAUGAGCUGACUGAAGGGAAGUCCUUGCAAGCCAAUAUAGCACUCAUCCAUAACAAUGCAAAGGUGGGCAGUCAGAUUGCAUGUGCCCUUUCUAAACAUAAAGAAAAAAGCGGAAGCAACUUCAGAGGUGACAUUAAAACACGAAAAUUAAAAGACCAGAGAAUAGACUCCAAAACUAUUGUUAUUGGCGGAAUAAACGUUGAUUUCAUCGCUAAAGGAACAACAAAGAAAUUGGUGUUUGGUCAGACAAAUCCAGGAAGUGUUUGUCAGUCAUUUGGAGGAGUAGGCAGGAAUAUUGCUGACUGUUUAAGCAGAUUAGGGCACAAGCCUCUCUUCAUCUCUGCCAUUGGCAAAGACUCUCACAGCGACGCUGUGCUAAACUAUUGUAAACACAUGGAUACAAGUGCAGUUGCCAGAUUACAGGACCAAAGGACUGCCACCUAUUGUGCUGUUAUAACCGAGUCUGGAGAGCUGAGCCUGGGAUUGGGCGACAUGGACAUCCAUCAGCAAAUACAAGAGCAAUAUGUAUGUCAGUUUAAGGAUCAGCUUGCAUCAGCAUCACUUGUAGUUGUUGAUGGCAACAUUCCCGUUUCAACCAUUGAUUACGUGUGUCAGAUUGCCAAGAAACACGCCGUCCCCGUGUGGUUUGAGCCUACAGAUGCAGAUAAGGCCUGUAAGCCCUUCCUGUCAGAGAGCUGGAAAGCCCUAUCUUACACCUCCCCCAAUCUGGCUGAGCUCUGCACCAUGAAUCAUACACUAGGUCUGCCUACUCCUACAGAGUUGCCCAGAUCGCUCGAGGAUGUCUUGGGCUGUGUACCGGCUCUCUCCCGCCCCCUGCUGGAGCAUCUGAAUUGUGUGGUGGUCACUUUAGGUGCGCUGGGUGUGAUGGUGUGUGGAGAACAUGAUGCUGGGACUGUGAAUUUGCAGCCGCAAAAGCAAAAGCAGCGAAAGGGACGUCUGUGUGCUAUUCAUUAUCCUGCGCUGGCUAUGAGCUCUAAGGAAACCGUAAAUGUGUCUGGAGCUGGUGACAGUUUUGCUGGAGCAAUGAUGGUGGGGAUCUUACAAGGGUUGGACACAGACAGCUGUGUGCGUAUGGGUCUGCUUGCCGCCCGCACAUCCUUGCUGUCUCCUCAUCCAAUAGAUCCGUCUCUGACAGCAGAUGCCAUUCAUCCGGAAAAGCCGCACUCUCAACUGUGGUCAAAGCCUACAUGUGUUUGGAUAGAGGACUGAAAUACAGUGGCUGUACAUAUAGGUGGUAUAUUUCUAGAGUUUUACUACAAACAAACUCGGAUAUGGGUCUGAGUCUGCAGACUUGUAUUGUAUUGUAAUUCAUUAUACUUGAGUACACUGAUUGAUUUUUAAAACGAAUGGGUCUAAACCUCUGUCACACUUAUCUGUAGUGGUGGACACCUUCAGAAAAUCCUACCUCAAAACAGGAAACAACUGUAUUUUUAGUAUUUUAUAGUAUUAUAACAUCCUUGCGUUUAUAAAUGACAGUUAAGAUUUUUGUAAUUACUAAUUUUUAAUUAUGUCAACUACAGUUUUUUAAAUUGCA